AGGGCCCGUGACGGGCGGCCGCCUCUGCAUGCGUCCUCGGGUUGCCGAGUCAUGGACCCCUGGGGCAAAAGCAACCGAAGGUAUGUGGCACACUGGAGAAAGAUGUCUUGUUCCUGUCACUGACAGUGGAAACCUUCAUGAAGCAACAGUGAAAUCCAUCGUGACAGAUGAAAAUGGAAAAUCAUUUGCAUUUGUAUUAUUUUCAGGUUCACUGGAAAAGAAAGUACCUUUAAAAAAACUCCAUAAAGCAACAUCUGGUAAAAGUUCUUUCAGAAGUUUUAUGUUUGAUGAUGUUGACUUGGAAAAGCCUUAUUUCCCAGACCAAAAACUUCCAUCACCUGCUGUUGCUUUUAAGCUCUCUGAAGAUGGUGACUGUAUUCCAUAUACAAUUAAUAGAUAUUUGCGUGACUACCAAAGGGAAGGAGCCCAGUUUCUAUAUGGACACUAUUCCCUGGGAAGAGGAUGUAUUCUUGGUGAUGACAUGGGACUUGGAAAAACAGUACAGGUAAUUUCUUUUCUGGCUGCAGUACUUAAAAAAGGCACACGAGAGGAUAUUGAAAAUAAUAUGCCAGAGUUUUUGUUAAAGAAUAUGAAAAAGGAAUCUUCCACUUGUACUCCAAAGAAGAUGUUUCUGAUAGUGGCCCCUCUUUCUGUACUCUAUAAUUGGAGAGAUGAAUUGAACACUUGGGGAUAUUUCAGAAUCACUAUUUUGCAUGGUAAUAAAAAAGAUAAUGAGCUGAUUCGAGUCAAGCAGGGAAAAUGUGAAAUUGCUCUAACAACUUAUGAGACCCUUCGCUUGUGCUUAGAUGAGCUGAACAGUAUAGAAUGGUCUGCUGUCAUUGUGGAUGAAGCCCAUAGAAUCAAGAAUCCAAAGGCUCGAGUUACAGAAGUUAUGAAAGCUUUAAAAUGUAGUGUUCGUAUAGGUCUUACUGGUACUAUUCUUCAAAACAACAUGAAGGAACUUUGGUGUGUUAUGGACUGGGCUGUGCCAGGACUUUUAGGUAGCAUGACUAACUUCAAGAAGCAGUUUUCUGACCCAGUGGAGCAUGGACAAAGACAUACUGCGACCAAAAGAGAGCUAGCUACUGGCCGAAAGGCUAUGCAGAGACUAGCAAGAAAGCUGUCUGGCUGGUUUCUGAGGCGUACCAAGACUCUGAUCAGGGAUCAGUUGCCUAAGAAGGAAGACAGAAUGGUUUACUGUUCUCUGACAGAGUUCCAGAAGGCUGUUUAUCAAACUGUAUUAGAGACAGAAGAUGUAACCUUGAUACUUAGAGCUCGAGAACCCUGUACCUGCAACAGUGGCCGUAAGAGAAAAAAUUGUUGUUACAAAACCAAUUCACAUGGUGAAACAGUGAAAGCCCUCUAUUUCAGUUAUCUUGCAAUCCUGCAGAAGGUAUCUAAUCAUGCUGCACUGCUACAAGCCAGUAGCAACACUAGUAAACAGCAGGAAAUGCAUCUUGAAAGAAUAUGCUAUCAAGUUUUUUCCAAAUUCAAAGAUUUCAUGCAGAAGAGUAAAGAUGCAGCCUUUGAAACUAUUUCUGAUCCAAAAUACAGUGGCAAAAUGAAGGUCCUUCAGCAGCUUUUAAAUCACUGCAAAAAAAACAGAGACAAAGUUCUUCUUUUUUCCUUUUCUACCAAGUUGCUGGAUAUUCUGGAGCAAUAUUGUAUGGCCACAGGGCUAGAUUACCGAAGACUUGAUGGAAGUACCAAGUCAGAGGAAAGGGUUAAGAUAGUGAAAGAAUUCAACAGCACACAAGAUGUUAACAUUUGCCUUGUCUCUACAAUGGCUGGUGGACUUGGCCUCAAUUUUGUUGGUGCCAAUGUUGUUGUGAUCUUUGAUCCUACCUGGAAUCCAGCCAAUGAUCUUCAAGCCAUUGACAGAGCAUAUAGGAUUGGGCAGUGUCGGGAUGUGAAAGUAUUUAGGCUUAUAUCCUUAGGAACUGUGGAAGAGAUCAUGUAUUUACGUCAGGUAUAUAAGCAGCAACUGCACUGUGUGGUGGUUGGGAGUGAAAAUGCCAAGCGGUAUUUUGAAGCAGUUCAAGGAUCAAAAGAACAUCAAGGAGAGCUUUUUGGGAUCCACAACCUCUUCAAACUAAGAUCUCAAGGGUCCUGUCUUACAAGGGAUAUCCUGGAGAGGGAAGGCCAAGUAGAAGCAGGGGUCAUGACAGCCACUACAUGGUUGAAAGAAGGACCUCCAGCACACAAAUUAGAAAUGACUGCAGAUCCUGAAUGUCAAGAACAUAAAAAACAAGGACAGUCUGAGGAAGUAGUGGAAAAAGAAGUAUUUGAUCUCUGCUGUGACUUCAGUGAUGAGGAAUCCAUGGGAAGCUCAAGGACAAAAACUACUAAAAACAAAAUUUCUGAUAAAAAUAACACUACAGUUUCUCCAGGACAGCUUACUUUACUUCAGUGUGGUUUCUCUAAGUUUUUUGAGGAAAAAAGUGAUUUAUUUGAUCAUAGUGAUGAAAAUGUUGAUUCUAAUGAUGAAAACUCUGAUGAUCAAUCUUUGCACCAUCUAGCAGAAGAUAAUAGGGUUAAUGGCUGUCAGAAGAGUCAGAGCUCUGGCAAUACUUUGUUGAAUCAAAAAGUAACCAGCAACCUGAAACAAAAAGAAAAAUUUAAAUGUCAAAGGAGGACAGAGACUCUAAAAUGCAAUGUGUCUUCUGAUUCUGAGAGUGAAAGGGACUUAAAAAAUAAACAUGAACAGCCCUGUGCUUCACCUAAGACCACAGAGGCAGAAGAUAGUUCAGAUGCUAGUGAUGUCAUCUUUCCAACACAAUUUACAACUGAAAGAUUCCAUUGUCGUAAGAAUGAUGAACAAGUCUUUGAUCUUUCUGAAAAUUCCAAAACAGAAAACCCCUUUAAAAUGACCACCAGUGUUGACCAUUGGUCAGGUUCCAAGAAAUCUGAUUUCAUUGUAAAUUAUUCAACUUAUAAAAAUAUAAACCAUCCACAGAAUAUUGUCCAAAAAUCUAUAAGGGAAAGGAAAAGUGUAAGUGAUAUUAGUGAUGAAUCAGAUGAUAUUGAAAUAUCCUCAGAAUCAAGGAUAAGAAAGAGAACAAUUAGUUCUGUUAAGUUUAAACCCAAAAAAGGAAGCAAAAUGAGGCUUCAUGACAAGCUGGAAACAAGCCAGCUAUAUUCAGCAGAUUUAGAAGGUGACUCUCAGAAUAUAAAUGAUUUUUCAUCUUCAGAUGAUGAUUCAGCAGCCAGUAAAAUCACUUUCUCCAAACAAAGUCGUAGGCAAAAAAGUAAGAAAUGCAGGCUUUCUUUUUCAGCAGAAUCUACUGGCUAUAAUAAGAAAAAUGCCGAUUUUCCACAAAGGGAGCUCAAAAUAUUUUCAAAUGAGGUUGUUCAAGAACAGAAAGGCGAAUCCAUGGAUAACUUUUUAGAUGGUGUUCAAGAAGUUGCCUAUAUCCAUUCCAACCAGAAUGUGAUUGGCUCAAGCAAAGCAGAAAAUCAUAUGAGCCGAUGGGCUACACGUGAUGUGUUUGAAUUGAAACAAUUUUCCCAGCUUCCUGCUAACAUAGCAGUAUGCAGCACUAAGACAUAUGAGAGGAGAAAGAAAGAUUCAUACACAAAGAUUCUUAAGAAAGGACAGGAGCUAAGUGAAGAAAACCACUCGCUUCCCCUUUAUAUUACAAAUCCUGUGGUUUAUAAAAAGAAAGAAGUUCACCAUGUGGGCCAGACCACCUUCAUAAUGGGAGAAACUCCAAAAGGAAUCCGAAAGAAACAGUUUGAAGAAAUGGCUUCUUUCUUCAGUUCGUCUUCUGUGGAAGAAUUUGCUAGACAUAUAACAAGUGCUACAUCAGAAGAACGCCAGAAAAUGCUAAGAGAUUUCUAUACUUCCAGGUAUCCAGAGGUAGAAGAUUUUUUUGCAGAUCAUGAUUCAGAAGUCAUCAAAUCUAACUAUGAGAAAGGAGAAAAUGUUAAGACUAAAUCUAGAAAGAAAAAAUCCCUGGUGAAAAAAAACCUGUCAGAUUCUGAUCCUUCAGCAAUUAAAGUUUCUACAAGUGGGACUGUACAAAUUUGCAGUCCAAAAAAACAUAAAGGAAAAGUAAAUAAGUUUCAAAAUGAUGAUUCCUGUGGAGAAGUUUUGUCUAAUAAUGCAGAAACUAAAGAACUACCUGGUGUUUUUACCCAAGAGAUUGUCAGUGGGAAAAAGAGCCAAGCAUUCAGAGAUACUUCGGUAUCCAAUUCCUUGAACAGUAAAUCUGAAACAUGUAAGAGAAUGUUAGUAAAUACUAUUAAGGACCAACAGGACUUUACAAGAACAGACUGUUCAAGAAGCGAACCUCUUUUGAAAUCUGAAAACAAAAAGAUAGAAAACCAAGCGUUAGAGGACAACACUGUGGUAGACUUACUUGGUGACACUUCUAUUCUUGAUGACCUCUUUAAAAGUCACGGGAACAGUCCUACACAGUUGCCAAGGAAAGCUCUUUCAAAGCCUGUGGAAAAAGCAAAGCAGCGGCCAAGGGAUUUCUGGGACAUAUUGAAUGAGCAGAAUGAUGACAGUCUUAGUAAAUUCACCGACUUGGCAGUAAUAGAGAUGUUGUGUGAAAAAGCACCCCUUGCUACAUCCACUAAAAGAAAUGAAGAGCUUGAAAUGUCUCUUUGGAAAUCAAAUGAGAAAUUUUUGUGGAAAAAACAUGAGGCAGAUGAUUCACAUGAAAGUGCACCAAGCAAAUAGAGUGAUGCCUAGGAAUACAAGUGAAUCACAAAGCCAGUAGAGGUCAGCUUUAAAUGUUUAUGUUGGGAGGAAAUGCUAAAUGUGAUUAAUUGAAUUUAUUUCUGACAAAUAUAUUUAAUUUAACUCUA